UGCUCCAUCCCACCCUGCAGUCAUUUAGGGUGUCAAGGACGGCCCAGGAACCGUCUCUCCCAGCCACUCGCUGUCGGCCGCCUGGACUACGACACCCAGCAUACCCCGCGGCCCCGCGUCUGACUUGCGCAGUAGCCUCCGUUGUAAAAUGCUAUGACAACAGGGCGCAGGCGGCUUGGAUUUAGGCUGGAGUGGGGAGGUGUCUUCCGCAGGCUGUUGACUUGCAGCCUCACGCCUCAUACAGCUUCCUCGGUGGUUUCAUCCUCUGUGUGAGCAUCUGGACUUGGAGUUGUUCUCUCUUGCCUUGUGGCUUCCGAUUAAUUCAUGCCGUUUCCCCUGCUUGUCUCUGGGGGAUGACAAGGGGUGCAGGAGAGCUUGGAGGGACUCACUUCAACUCUGUGGAGCUGGUGUUGCUGCUUGGCGGGAUUCUGUCUGCCUCUGGACGUGGGAAACUUCGAACACAAGACCAAGAGCUCAAGCUAACCUCAAGCUUACAACCCCCCGUCUCAAUUUCUUCCAUGCCGUCAUAGCAGGGUAAAAGAACAUGUCCUUAUUUAAAGCCCGUGAUUUGUGGUCUACUGUGCUGGGAGAGAAGGAAGAAUUUGAUCAAGGCUGUUUGUGUUUGGCUGACGUGGACAACAGUGGGACUGGACAAGAUAAAAUCAUCGUGGGCAGCUUCACGGGCUACCUGAGAAUCUUUAGUCCCCAUUCUGUAAAAGCCGGAGAUGGGCCUCAGGCUGAAGACUUACUCCUAGAAGUGCAUCUGCGGGACCCCGUGCUGCAGGUGGAAGUCGGGAAGUUUGUCUCAGGCACUGAAAUGCUCCAUUUGGCUGUGCUGCAUUCUAGAAAGCUCUGUGUCUACUCUGUUUCAGGAACGUUGGGUAAUGUAGACCAUGGGAACCAAUAUCAGAUAAAGUUAAUGUAUGAGCACCAUCUUCAGAGGACAGCCUGCAAUAUGACUUAUGGACCCUUUGGUGGCAUAAAAGGUCGAGAUUUAAUUUGUAUCCAGUCUAUGGAUGGGAUGCUGAUGGUGUUCGAGCAGGAAAGCUAUGCUUUUGGCAGGUUUCUCCCAGGCUCUCUUCUGCCUGGGCCUCUUGCUUACAGUGCCCGCACAGAUUCCUUCAUCACUGUCUCCUCCUGCAGACAGGUGGAAAGUUACAAGUACCAGGUGCUUGCCUUUGCGACGGAUGCAGACAAGAAGCAGGAGACGGAACAGCAGAAGCUUGGUUCUGGAAAAAGACUAGUUGUGGACUGGACUCUGAACAUUGGAGAGCAGGCUCUCGACAUCUGUAUCGUUUCCUUUAACCAGUCUGCGUCCUCUGUUUUCGUGCUUGGUGAAAGGAACUUCUUUUGCCUGAAGGAUAAUGGGCAGAUUCGAUUCAUGAAGAAGCUCGACUGCAGCCCCAGCUGUUUUCUCCCGUACUGCUCAGUUUCUGAAGGCACAGUAAAUACCCUGAUUGGGAACCACGAUCACAUGCUGCAUGUUUACCAGGAUGUGACGCUGAAGUGGGCCACACAGCUCCCCCACGUUCCUGUAGCCGUCAGGGUGGGCUGUUUGCAUGACUUGAAGGGAGUGAUAGUGACCCUCAGUGAUGACGGCCACCUGCAGUGCUCAUAUCUGGGGACAGACCCCUCUCUGUUCCAAGCUCCAAAAGUUGAAUCAAGAGAACUCAACUACGAUGAACUUGAUGUGGAGCUGAAAGAGCUCCAGAGGAUCAUCAAGGAUGUAAAGUCACAAGGUGUUUGGCCCAUGACUGAAAGAGAAGAUGACUUGAAAGUCUCCGCAGUAGUCUCCUCCAGCCUUGAUUCUGUGUCUCAAGCCACUAAUGUUGAAGUUGGAGCUGACUCUGUUCCGUCCAUCACAGUGAAGAUCACCCUGCAGAACCGAGUGGUGUUGCAGAAGGUGAAGCUGUCCCUCUACGUGCAGCCCCCACUAGUGUCCACGUGUGAUCAGUUCACCUUCGACUUCACAGCACCAGAUAUGACCAGCACGGUAGCAUUUUCUGUUUACCUGAAGAGAAGUUACAUACCAUCCGAAUUAGAAGGAAAUGCGGUUGUUUCUUAUUCCAAACCAACAGAUCGAAAUCCCGAUGGAAUUCCUCGGGUUAUCCAAUGUAAAUUUAGACUGCCUCUGAAACUCAUUUGCCUACCAGGUCAGCCUUCAAAAACUGCAAGCCACAAGCUCACUAUUGACACCAACAAGCCUCCUGUCAGCCUGCCCGGCCUCUUCCCAGACUUUGCCAAUCAGUCAGAUGAUGAUCAGGUGAAUGUGAUGGGUUUUCGUCUCCUAGGCGGCUCUCGAGUUACGCUUCUUGCUUCCAGAACUUCUCAACGAUACCGCAUUCAGAGCGAACAAUUUGAAGACCUUUGGCUCAUAACAAAUGAACUUAUCCUCCGCCUUCAGGAAUAUUUUGAAAAACAGGGAAUCAAAGAUUUUGCAUGUUCUUUUUCUGGAUGUAUACCCCUUCAAGAAUAUUUUGAGUUGAUUGAUCAUCAUUUUGAGCUGCGGAUUAAUGGGGAGAAGUUGGAAGAGCUUUUAUCUGAAAGAGCUGUACAGUUUCGGGCCAUCCAGCGUCGGCUUCUAACAAGGUUCAGAGAUAAGACACCUGCCCCGCUCCAGCACCUGGACACCCUGCUGGAUGGGACGUACAAGCAGGUGAUGGCUCUAGCAGAUGCGGUGGAGGAGAACCAAGACAGGCUGCUGCAGUCCUCCGCUGGCCUGAGGAGCGCUACCCAUUUGCUGAUCCUUCUGGUCAGACUGUGGCAGAGGCUGAGCACUGACCAGACUGCUAUUCUAGAAGCAGCGUUUCUGCCAUUGCAGGAAGACACGCAGGAACUGGGCUGGGAAGAAACAGUGGAUGCUGCCAUAGCCCACCUGUUGAAAACCUGCCUGUCGAAGAGUUCCAAGGAGCAGGCUUUGAACCUCAACAGCCAACUGAGCAUACCCAAAGACACCAGCCGGCUGAAGAAACACAUCACCUUGCUGUGUGAUCGAUUAGCUAAAGGCGGGCGCCUCUGCCUGAGCGCCGAUGCUGCGGCCCCACAGGCCAUGGUCAUGCCAGGUGGCUGCACUCCAAUCCCAGAGUCAGACGUAGACGAAAGAUCUCUAGAGGAGUCUGCAGAGCUGUUUACCAACCACAAGCACCUCAUCGAAGAGACCCCUGUGCCUGAAGUUGCAGCCCUCCAGGGAGUUUUGGAAUAGUCGGAGUCAAGCUAACUUGACGGAAGGAAGACGCCCUUUCUGAGGCUGACCCUGUAUGGACACUGUGCUCCUACCCUGGUGCUGUGCCAAGCUCACCCCUGGAGGUGACUGCGUGGAGAUGGGGUCGGAGCUUUUGUGUGUGCUAGGAGGGCUUGGACUAUCACAGACCGGUCAUCCGAAAGACAAGAUUUGUCUCUUCUUCCCAGGAAAACUGUUGCUGCCUUUAGUCAUGAGUGCUUAUAGACAGAGGGUCUAGCAAGAUGGCAGAGUUUGGAAACAGGCUUUAAAAUGCAGGGAUCCAGAUGGAAAAUAAUUUGAUAGCCCAUUUUUUUUCACAGAAUUCUUAUGUAGUAAAUGUAUCAAGUUUAAUAAAGCAUCUAAUUGUCAAACAAUAA